GCGUAAACCCUUCCAUCAAUGGAGGCCCUACCUGUGGUUGUGCUGGUUGACCCUGUUUCCGCUGGAGCGCUUCUGGUGGACAUCGUGUUGUCUCGCGGCUUCGGGGUCCUCGUCUUGUGGAGUAAAGAACACGCAGAGUCAUUACACGCAGAGUCAUUGCCUAUGAUCCGCAAAGGCCGCAAAGGAGUCUACAAGGCAGUCAAAGAGCAAGUCUCCAUUCCUGAAACUGUGAAGGCAAUCAAAGGUGCUCUCAGUCCAGGCUCUGCAAUUAUAGUUUGCAUUCCUGGCAGUGAAUUUGGUGUCAACUUGGCGGAUCUCAUUUCCAUUUGGCUUGGCCUUCUUGCGAAUGGCUCUGGGAACCGACCUUUUCCCGCAGGUGACCGCCGAAACAAACAUGUGCAGGGCAGUGUGCUCAAAGGAAUUGCUGGUUGCCGUGCCAUUCGUGAAGUUUGUGGCUGUGCAUGGGAAGAGGUGAGAGAUUCUUGCAGGGAAUUGGGGCUUCCUAUGGUGGUGAAGCCGGUGCAGUCUGGAGGCACGGAUGGAGUCAAACUUUGCCACUCCAUGAAGGCAGUAGAGGAGCAUUUCAGACACUUGCAAGCCACACAGAGAAAACUUGCGUCCUCUGACCAUGCAAUUCUGCUCCAGGAAUUUCUGGUUGGCCAGGAGUAUGCGGUGGACCAUGUAUCUCGGGAUGGAGUGCACAAGACUGUCAUGACUUGGGUCUAUGAGAAGCAACCGGCAAAUGGUGGUGAUUUUGUCUAUCUAGCAAUGCGUCCAGUGGAGACCAAGGAGUGUCCAAGUGAUCUGAUCCCAUACACUCGUUCAGUGCUUGAUGCAUUGGACAUUCAGAACGGCGCGACCCACGCAGAAGUCAUGAUGACGGCUGAUGGUCCCUGUCUUAUUGAAGUCAACGUGAGGAUCAUGGGUGCCAACGGCUCCUAUAUCUCUUUGGCACGUUUGCUCACUGGGACUUCACAUGCUGAUGCGGUUCUUGAUUGCAUGGACCAGAAGCGCUUUGAUGCCUUGCCUGAUGUCCCCAAACCCUUUCAAGAUUCAGGUCGGAUGGUGUUUCUCAUCUCUUAUUCUUCUGGCAUUGUGGCAAGCACACCAGCCUACGAGGUGAUGAAGAAGAUGGAUUCAUUCCUCGAAUUGCACACAUCUAUUUCACCCGGAUCUGCAGUAGAAGUCACUGUGGACGCUUUCACCUGUGCUGGCAUGUUGGCGCUGGCUGGCUCCGAAGAUCAGAUUUGGGCAGAUAUUGUGGAGGUGCGUAGACUAGAAAAGGAAGGCCUUUUUUGCUUCACUGAAACAAACAGGUUUCAGUGCGGCAGGGCUUGAAUCAUGAGUGCUGAGUACAUCGCAGCGAUGGCCGAUGCCUAGUAGCGUUCAAGCUUAGACUUAGUGACUUGUGGGCAUGCGGCAUGUGUGUAGCUUUGCUUACAGACUUGUCACAUUUUUAACACCAAUUUUGCAGCAGUCUCAGCCAAUCCAGGUGAACUGUUGUGCAUUCUCUAUGUAAUGCCGUGGUUUACUCUUGACUCCUGAACCUCGUUCAGCGAAUUAUUGAAAACCAUGACAGAAGACACUGGCAAUGACCAGGGAUGAAGAGAUCUGGAAACCUUCGAGACCCGCUGGCUCAAUUGCCUGUUUUGCACACCAGGGGGUCUGAAAAGAGGUGAG